AUGACUCAAACUUCUGGUUUGAUCGUCAAUGAGUCAACCACUUCUGGAUCAGGCCACCACCAGUCAUCACACUCACAUCCGACUGGAUCAUCCCUCUCUUCUUAUUCUCCUAAUCAGACUUAUUCUAUCAGUUCUGGUCCUAGCCCCAGCCACCUGCCCACUUCGGUCGGCUGUUCAGGCUCGGGUACUAUCACCACCAGCGGAAGUUACACUCCUGUCCUUUCAGAUAUGCCAAGUCGCAGGUGUCGUUUUGGUGUAGCUUGUCUGGGUGGGUUGGUCUACGUGGUGGGUGGAUUCAAUGGAAACCUUCGAGUCCGCUCUGUGGAGGUAUAUGAUCCAGCACGCAAUGUAUGGCACUCUGGCCCCAAUCUGGAGUAUCGACGGUCAACAUUGGGAGUAGCCGUGCUGAAUGGCCUUAUUUAUGCUGUUGGUGGAUUUGACGGAAGUACAGGUAGAGUUUAA